UUUUGCACACCUAGUCUCUUUCCCGGCCAGUUUGCAUGCAUUGUCUGUCUCCCAAAAUGGUUUGCGAGACGAAAAUCGUGGCAGAAGAUCAUGACACCAUCCCCGGCUCCAAGAAAGACACAGUGAUCGUGUCCUCCUCCCAGAUGUGGCCCUCGCUCUCCGGCGGCUCAGCGCCCUCCCCGGCGCCGCCGAUGCCGCCCCCCAGCGCGGCGGCCGGUGAGGUGACGGGUGAAGAUGGUAAAAAGGACCACGUUUGCAUCCGCGAGUUCCACCCUGCAGAGCAAGACACGGUGCGCCGCAUCUUCUAUGACGGCAUCAUGGAGAGAAUCCCCAACACGGCGUUCCGGGGCCUGAAGCAGCAGCCGCUCACGCAGCUGAUGUAUGUGCUCCUGGCGUUGCUAUGCUUUGUGCUGACCAGAUGUCUGUUGCUCACCUGCUUUGUGCCUGUCUUCCUUCUGGCCAUGAGGUAUUACUACAGCCGGAAGGUGAUCCUUACCUACCUGGAGUGUGCAUUGCACACGGACAUGGCUGACAUCGAGCAGUACUACAUGAAGCCUCCGGGUUCCUGCUUUUGGGUGGCUGUCCUGGAUGGCAACGUGGUGGGGAUCGUGGCAGCACGGGGCAGUGAGGACGAUAAUACAGUGGAGCUGCGCCGUAUGUCGGUUGACUCGAGGUACCGAGGCAAGGGCAUCGCCAAGGCCCUGGGCCGCAAGGUGCUCGAGUUUGCUGUGCUCAACAAUUACUCCUCAGUGGUGCUGGGCACUACUGCGGUCAAAGUGGCUGCCCACAAGCUGUACGAGUCUCUGGGCUUCAAGCACAUGGGUGUCGUGGAGCACUACGUCCUGCCGGGAAUGACACACUCCCUGGUGGAGAAGAUGUUCUUUCAGCUUCGCUACCACCGCUAUCGCCUGCAGUUACGCGAGGAAUAA